GGGGAUGGGCUUAUUGCUUUCAUUUAACGUUAACAAAAUGCAGAAAUGAGAAGUUAAGGUGGACGGACAAACUAGGAGAUUUCUAAAGACAAAAGUAUAAAGUAGGUAAAGGAUUACACACAAUCAUGGCUCCUUGGAUGAAAACCACAAGAGAGCGGUAUGGUGUAGUAAAGUGGAACUUUGUUGGCCAAAAUGAGAAGCACCUUUCCCUGGAGGUGGGCGAAACUGUCCACAUCCAAGAGGUUUGCGAAGGUUGGUACAGAGGCUUCUUGUCUAGGAACAAAGCGCAACAGGGAAUGUUUCCAGUCAGUUUUGUUCAAGUUAAGGAAGUCAUAAUUGAAAAACGAGGAGAUGAGGAAGUGGUGUUGUCUGCAGAGAUGCCCUUGGUGAAGGAGGUGACCACUACGUUGAGGGAGUGGGGAAGCAUAUGGAAGCAGCUAUUUGUGGCCAAUAAAGAGGCACGUGUCAAACAGGUCCAGAGGCUGAUGUGGGAACUGAUGGAGUGGCGUUCUCAGCUCCUGUCUGGCACCCUGCCUAGUGAUGAAUUCAAGGAGCUAAAGCAGAAAGUUACUUCCAAGAUUGACUAUGGCAACAAGAUCCUUGAAUUGGACCAGGUUGUUCGAGAUGACGACGGGAACAUCUUGGACCCAGAGCGAGCCAACGUCAUCAGUCUAUUUCGGGCCCAUGAGGAGGCCACAGCCAAGAUCAAUGAACGCAUCAAAGAGGAGCAGUCCAACAUCCAGACAGACCACAGCGGGAUCUCAGCACGGAUCCAGUCCUCCCCCACCCACAGCCUCUACGUCUUUGUGAGGAACUUUGUCUGUCGCAUUGGAGAGGACUCCGAGCUCUUCAUGUCCCUCUAUGAUCCCAAUAAGCAAACCAUCAUCAGUGAGAACUACUUAGUACGCUGGGGCAGCAAAGGUUUUCCUAAAGAGAUUGACAUGCUCAACAACCUGAAGGUUGUCUUUACAGACUUGGGAAACAAAGACCUGAGCAGAGAGAAGAUUUAUUUGAUCUGUCAGAUUGUAAGAGUAGGCAGGAUGGACCUAAAAGAAGCAAACAACAAGAAGUUUACUCAGGGCCUGAGGAGGCCUUUUGGGGUUGCAGUGAUGGACAUCAGUGAUAUCAUCAAAGGGAAGAUUGAAUGCGAUGAAGAGAAGCAGUAUUUCAUCCCCUUUUUCCCGGUAGUUGCAGAAAAUGACUUUCUCCACACCUUACUGAACAAAGUGACAACAUCACGAGGAGACAGUGGUGGUCAAGGGCUGUGGGUCACCAUGAAGGCUCUGGUGGGGGACAUUGUGCAGAUUCGGAAGGAAUACCCUCACCUCGUGGACCGCAGCACCGUGGUAGCCCGGAAGCUUGGCUUCCCAGAGAUCAUUAUGCCUGGAGAUGUUCGCAAUGACAUCUACCUCACCUUACAGGGCGGAGACUUCGACAAAUACAACAAGACAACCCAGAAAAACGUAGAGGUCAUCAUGUGGGUCUGUGAUGAGGAGGGCAAAGUCAUACAGAACUCCAUCUGUCUGGGAGCAGGGGAUAAGGCAGUCAGUGAGUACAGAUCUGUCAUCUACUACCAAGUCAAACAGCCCCGCUGGAUGGAGACGUUUAAGGUGGCAGUCCCCCUGGAAGAAAUGCACAGAAUUCAUUUACGCUUUAUGUUCAGACAUCGCUCUUCCCAGGAGUCCAAGGAUAAGAGUGAGAAGAACUUCGCUAUGGCUUUUGUGCGUCUAAUGAAGGAUGAUGGGACUGUUCUGCAGGACGGACUGCAUGAACUUGUGGUCUUCAAGGGUGACAGCAAGCGCAUGGAAGACGUGAACUCCUACUUGUCUUUGCCCUCAACCCGCAACCAUCACAGUGACCCCCACAAGAUGUCCACACUGAGCCGCAGCUCAAGCAGCGUGUCUGGGGGAGGAGGAGGCCUGUCUGUAAGCUCUAGAGACAGCUUCACCAUCUCCACCCUGGUCUGCUCCACUAAACUCACCCAAAACGUGGGGCUUUUGGGUCUGCUCAAGUGGAGGACUCGACCUGAGCUCCUCAAAGAAAACUUGGAGAAGCUAAAAAUCAUUGAUGGAGAGGAGGUGGUCAAGUUUCUGCAGGACACUCUGGAUGCCUUGUUCAACAUUAUGAUGGAACACUCUCAGACUGAUGACUAUGACAUUCUUGUGUUUGAUGCCUUGAUACACAUCAUCGGGCUCAUCGCUGACAGAAAAUUCCAGCACUUCAACACAGUGCUGGAGGCCUACAUCAAGCAACAUUUCAGUGCUACGCUGGCUUACAAAAAGCUGAUGUCGGUGUUGAAGAGGUAUCUAGAUGUGUCCAGUCGAGGAGAACAGUGUGAGCCCAUACUCCGAACCCUCAAAGCCCUCGAGUAUAUCUUCAAGUUUAUUGUUCGUUCACGCAUGCUCUACUCGCAGCUGUACGAGGGGAAGGAGCAGGAAGAGUUUGAGGAGUCGCUGAGGAGGCUUUUUGAGUCAAUCAACAAUCUGAUGAGAACAGACUACACCACCACACUGUUGCUCAGGGUUGCUGCUCUGAAGUACCUGCCAACAGUCCUGCAAGAUGUGGAGAAAGUAUUUGAUGCCAAGCUUCUCAGUCAGUUGCUGCAUGACUUUUACUCCUGCAUUCCUCCUGAGAAACUCCAGAAACAGAAGGUGGCCUCUAUGACUGAAAUUGUCAGCAGCCAGCUCUUCCAGAGACAAGAAUGCCGUGAUGUGUUGUUACCCCUGAUGUUGCGGGAGCUGAGUGGGGCACUGGUCACAAUGGCUGACGGCCCACACGAUGAGAGGAAAAACAGUUUGGAGCUCCUCAACAACAUCCUCGAAGUCCUCAGCAGGAACAAUGUGGGGGACACCUUCCAACAUAUCCAAGACAUUGUAGUAUCUCUGCUACGGGUCAUCAACCAGACAGUCAUCACCAUGGGUCGAGAGCACGCUCUGAUUUCGAGGGUUGUUGCCUGCAUGACAGCUAUUCUAAGUCAGAUGGAUGAUCGACACUAUUCUACAUACAUCGAAACCUUCAGUGGAACUACUGAUCUAGUGGACUUCCUAAUGGAGUCCUUCCUCCUUUUCAAGGACUUGAUUGGGAAACAUGUGUAUCCGUCUGACUGGAUGGCCAUGAUCAUGGUACAGAACAGGGUGUUCCUAAGAGCCAUCAAUACAUAUGCUGACACUAUGAAAGAAAAGUUCCUUAAUAACGAUGACUUUGAAGUCCAGUUGUGGAAUAACUACUUCCACUUGGCAGUUGCGUUUAUUACCCAGGAGUCCCUGCAGCUUCAACAUUUCUCACCAACCAAGAGGAACAAGAUUCUGGCCAAAUAUGGAGAUAUGAGAAGGCUUAUUGGCUUUGCAAUCCGUGACAUCUGGUAUAAACUAGGCAGUCAUAAAAUCUGUUUCAUCCCCGGCAUGGUGGGUCCCAUCCUGGAGAUGACUUUGAUCCCUGAGGAAGAGCUGAGAAGGGCCACUAUUCCCAUCUUCUUUGACAUGAUCACCUGUGAACAUGCACGUUUUGGAAACUUCAGCAAGUUUGAGAAUGAGAUCAUUCUGAAGUUGGACCAUGAGGUGGAGGGUGGUGGAGGAGAUGAACGCUACAUGCAGCUACUGGAGAGCAUAUUGCUGGACUGUGCUGCUGAGAAACCCACGCUGAGGCCACAGGUGCAGCACUUUGUCUCCUUGGUGAAGGGGCUCCUCAUUCGUCUCCUUGACUACCGCACCGUGAUGAGCGAUGACAGCCGCAACAACCGCAUGAGCUGCACAGUCAAUCUUCUGAACUUUUACAAGGACAUCAAUCGUGAAGCGAUGUAUAUCAGGUACCUUUACAAGUUGAGGGACCUUCACCUGGAGUGUGAAAACUACACAGAGGCGGCGUACACACUGCUGCUCCACUCUCGUCUGCUCAAGUGGUCAGAUGACAUGUGCAGUCAGUUUGAGUUCCACGGCUCCCAAACGCAGCGACAGCUCAAAGAAACUCUCUACGACACAAUCAUUGACUACUUUGACAAGGGCAAGAUGUGGGAAGAGGCCAUCACUCUGUGUAAGGAACUUGCAGAGCAGUACGAAAAUGAGAUCUUUGACUACGAGCUGCUCAGCAAGAGACUGGAAAAACAAGCCAAGUUCUAUGAAAAUAUUAUGAAGAUCUUGAGGCCUAAACCAGACUACUUUGCAGUGGGCUACUAUGGACAGGGCUACCCUCCAUUCCUCAGGAACAAGGUGUUUAUCCACCGUGGUAAGGAGUAUGAGCGCAGAGAGGACUUCCAGAACCAGCUGAUGAGCCAGUUCCCCAGCGCCGUGCGUCUCAACACAACCACCAUGCCAGGGGAUGAUAUCAAGAACUCUCCACUUCAGUAUAUCCAGUGUUUUACAGUGCAGCCAGUCCUCGAAAUCCCUCCUCGCCUGAAGAACAAACCCGUUCCUGACCAGAUCAUCAACUUCUAUAAGUCCAACUAUGUGCAGCGCUUUCACUAUUCCAGACCUGUGAGGAAAGGACCCGUGGACCCAAACAAUGAGUUUGCUUCCAUGUGGAUUGAGCGCACAACCUUUACCACUGUCUAUAAGCUGCCUGGGAUCCUGCGCUGGUUUGAGGCAACUGACAUGAAGCAUACUACCUUGUCUCCUUUGGAGAAUGCCAUAGAGACCAUGGAGUCAACAAAUGAGAAGAUUUUAACGAUGAUUAACCAAUACCAGUCUGACUGGAGCCUUCCUAUCAACCCUCUCUCCAUGCUGCUCAACGGCAUCGUUGACCCAGCUGUCAUGGGUGGCUUUGCAAAAUAUGAAAAGGCCUUCUUUACUGAAGAGUACACCCAGCAUCACCAGGAGGACAGAGAGAAGCUGGUUCGCCUCAAGGACCUCAUCGCAUGGCAGAUCCCAUUAUUAGGUGGAGGAAUCUCCCUCCAUGGGAAGAGAGUUACAGAGGACUUGCGUCCUUUCCAUGAGCGCAUGGAGGAGUGUUUCAAACAGCUGAAAAAGAAAGUGGAGAAGGAGUACGGAGUGAGAGAGUUGCCGGACUUGGAUGAGAGAAAGUCUACUCGUCCACGCUCCAUGCUGCGAUCAUUUCGUCAGUCCGUCAUCUCGAUUUCCUCACUGCAGGGAUCCGAGUGUGGGACGCCAACCAAGACACAUGCAGACAGGGACAAUCCUCCUGAGUCUCCAAUCUCCUGGAGCUCUGCCACCCUGCCACGCUCCAGUGGCAGUGUUAGUAUAGGUGAGGAGGGGAGCAUGAUGACAGUGGGUGAUGCAGAGGUCAAAAUGAGGAAGAGUAAGAAGAAAAAGAAAAGGAGCAGCAUGAUCUUCAUCACAGAGGAAAGAGAACGGACCAGUACACUGGAAUGCAAACGGCUGUCCAAGAAACAGGAGUUCCGCAGUGACACCAACUUGUCUGAGCCAAAUGAAGUAAAUGUGGCGCUGACCAAUGCCAACUCAAGAUCGCUGCCUGCCAUCACAGGCCUGUCCUUGUCAGUGGCAGGAGGGGCUGAGGAGGUGGAGUCCUCCAGAGCCAGGAGGGACAGUAAGAGCAUGUCGGUGUGUGCAACCUCUGACCGAACAGCAGACAGACGCUCAAAGGGUGUCAUCAACCUGUUAUUCAAGUCCAAGAGCUCCAGAGCAGAGGAAGUGAAGCCCAGUGAUGCACCCAAAGAAAGAGAUAGCCAUUUUUGAAAUGUAUUAUUUUCAUUUCUUGUCUUCUUUACUUAUUUGUACUAUGCUUUUUUUUAAAACCAAAGACCUGUAGCUAAAUCCACAAUUAUACACUGACUCACACAGUCUACUUGUCUGUCUCAAUGUUGCUGUUGCCUUAAUAUAAUUGAUUUUACCUAUCAGUAAAGGCUAUUUUUGUUGUGUGACCUUUUUCCUGGCAAUUUAAGUGAUUCCCAGUGAAGCUAAAUGCCAUCUUACAGCUUUUCAAUCAAUUCUGCUUCUACAAGAAUGAGCAAACACAAACCAUCCCUCCGACACACUUGAUUAAAAGCUUCUCAUACGGCUUUCAGCAUUGUUGACACUGAAGUUAAUGAGAAAAUAAUAAUUCUAUAAAGCACAAAGGUUACUGUGUCCUCCCAAAGGACUUUAAACUGGAACUUGUUGCCACGAGGCUUUGGCACUGAUACAACAAAUAUUAAAGUCUAAUAAACUCAAAUAGAGUCAACAAACUGUGAAACUCAUUGUACAACAUCAAAGCUGUGUGUACCCCAAUGUUGAGUUUGUGUUUCUGUAUGAAUUCUUUUGGGAGUUACUUUCUGCAUGAUUUGGUCACAAUUUUUUAUACCUUUUGUUAAAAUAUAAAAAUAAAUGUUUAAGUGUAUUUCCA